AUGUUCUCCUACAUUGUCCUGAUCGGCGCGCAAGUUUUGUCCAUAUCCGCGAUUAAUGUUACGAUUGUCAGUUACGGACAUUUAAAAAAUCUUACCAGGACCAACGUGAAUAAUACCGUGAUUGGGCUGGAUAUCGCGCAAAAGCGGUUAGGCUCCGCGUACAAUGCGUCGCAGGAGUUAGUGCAGUUUCAUUAUGUUAUCCUGACGGACACCUCCAUUCGCGACUGUUAUGAUGCGGGCGCCAACGUGCAGCUGGUGGCGGAUUAUUAUUAUCGGAAUGUAUGGGAUGACAAUAACAUUAUGACUAUGAUAACGCCAGGCUGUGGAGAUGCGUUUGAUCUAGCCAAACUGGCGCGAGAGUGGAAUGUCCUCAUGAUCGGCACGAGCAUGUCGUAUCUGGAGUUGCGCAGUCGCCGGCAUUAUCCCACGUACAUCAGCGUCUCAGCCAUGCAGUCGGGCGUGAUCGCCCAGGCAGUGCGGACGUUCGCGCUGUACUACCGAUGGCACGCGUUGGCGGCGCUGUACGACACGCAGGGUCUCACCUCCUAUUUCGACGCCGUGGAGUUCCUUAAAUGGGAGAUGCAGACGAAAACCUGGCCCCUGGAAGUCCUACCGGUACCCUUCAAUUCCUCGGCGGCCAACUUCGAUCCGGUCACCCAGCUCAAAGGUAUCCGCAGCCGGGUGCGAGUGAUUUUUCUCUCGCUCAAUGCGUCUCUGGUGCGCACCAUGAUGUUGGCCGCUAAAGAUCUCAGCAUGACCAAUGGAGAAUACGUUUUCUUGGCGGGCAAUGUGAUCAUUAGCAACCUGAGCGGUAUUGUUCACUGGAAGGACAAUGACGAGCACGACACGAGCGCACGCGAAGCAUACCGCAGUCUCUUCGACAUCCGCUUCUGUCCACUGGGCAGCAGCCCGACCGAUGCGUUCCUCCGUUACCUGACCAAUAUUACACAGUUCCACUACGGCGUGACAUAUUUUCCCCUGGAUAAUAAGCCAAAUGAAGCCGUCCAGAAUACCUACGCAGUCAUGGAGAUUUACCGACAGGUGAUCAGAGAACGGCUGGCGUACGGCACCGGCAUUGCCGACGGAGCGGCAGUGGCCGGGCAGUUUCUUAAUCGCACGUUUCACACAUCCACCGGCGACGUGUACCUGGGCAGUAACGGGCAGUCCCGCAGCAAUAUGUGCCUGUACGAUUUGGAUGUGAACACCGGGGAAUUUCUGGUAGUUCUACACUACGAUGCCCGCCUGGAGCGGCUUAGCACGGUGGCCAACAUCACCGUCGACUGGCCACACGGCGCUCCACCGCCUUCCUUCGAGUUCUGCUCAUCCUGCGGCAACACCACAGCCAGCCUGACGUGGAUCUUGGCAGCCGUUCUGUCGGUCGUGGCGGUGGGUUGUGCCGUGGUGUUUGCGGUGAUCACAAGGCGUUUGAUGUGCAGCAUCGACCUGCGCAGCGAAGGAUGGAUGAUCGACAAGAGCCUGCUGCGUGCCCGCGAACACGGCAUGUGUACUGGGCUGCCGGAAAAUCGCAAGGGUGUUCCAGGGAUUCUAUGUACAUCACCGGAACUCGAUCUUCAUGAAGAUAAUCCACAGCCCCUGAUCUACCGCAACCAGCUGGUCGACGUGGCAACAAUCAAACUGGCCCAGUGCCAUCCCGAGUCCAAACGGGCACUGUGCUUGAAGACUCGGGAACAACUGAAAACCAUGAAAUGCCUGUUACACACCAACAUCUGCCAGUUCUUCGGCGCCUUUAUCGAAGGCGGCUUCGUGUACCUCGUCAGUGAGCACUGUUGUCGCGGAUCACUAGAAAACUUCCUAUCCACAACAUCCAUUCAGCUGGAAUGGGAGUUAGUGGAGUCGUUUGUUACAGACAUCAUGGAGGGAAUCUGGGCUAUCCACCAUUCGCCGCUUCGCUACCACGGCAGCCUGACCCUCUCCAACUGCCUCCUGGAUUCCCGUCUCACUGUCAAAAUCUCCCAGCUGGGCUACACCCGCGUCGCCUACCAGCGCUUUUCCUCGCUGGCCCACGUCGCCGUUAAGAACGAGUCGUUCCUGGCCCGCGCUCUGGCCACCACUACCUUCACUACCUUCCAGCCCUUUAUCGUCGACAUUCAGCGGAUGGUCAACAACAACAUUGACCUACACGCUUUCGGCUUGGUGAUCGAGGAUAUCGUGGCCCAUUGCCAGCGGGAUCCGGGGAUUGAGCAGCGGUUGCGGCGGUUACGUGAAAUCGCUGGGCAGUGUACUACCUCGUUACAGACGUCGCAUCGACAGGUGCGGACGGAGCUGGCCGAGGUGUGCAGCGGGCAUCAGGAAGGGUAUUUAGUGCAGAUGGUCCAUCGGCUGCAGAUGCGGGCGCAGCAGCUGGAGAAUGCCGUGCAGGAUCGGACGUAUCAUCUGCUGAAGGAGAAGAAGACCUGUGAGACGCUUUUACUGGAAAUGCUGCCACGUGCGAUUGUGAGCCGACUAGCAUACGAUCUGGAUAUCUAUCCCGAAUCCUUCGACGACUGCACGGUGUACUUCAGCCACCUGUAUGGGUUCAACGAGUUCGUGUCCAACAGCUUCCCGCUGGCCGUCUUCGCCACACUGAACGAGAUGUUCCGCCGGUUCGACCAAGUGACUAACGACUACCAUGUCUACAAAAUGGAGACUGUGGGAGAUUGCUACAUGGUGGUAAGUGGUGUUCCGGAGCGCAAUGGAACAAAGCACGCCAGGGAAAUCUGCGCCAUGGCCUUGGCGCUCGUCAGUGUCUUUGAGCCGCUAAAAGCCGGCAACCGGCUGGACGUCAUGGCCGGUAUCAAUUCCGGAGCCUGUGUGGCGGGAAUCGUGGGAGUGAAACGGCCGCGUUACUGCCUUUUCGGCGAUACGGUCAACGUGGCAGCCCGACUGGCCUGUCACGGCCAUCCCGGCCGUAUCCAAGUGUCGGUUUCCACGACCGGGUUCAUUGACGUGGAUGAGGAUUUUCUUUUUAUUAGCCGGGGAUAUACUUUAAUCAAGGGCCGCGGUGGAAUGUUAACGUCCUGGUUGGAAAAACUGCCGAACCGACAAGUUUAAUGACUUUCUGUAGUGUUCUCCUAUUUUUAUAAUAACCGGGUGCCUGAAAAGCAGUUUUUAC